UUGUACUGUAGUAGCGUGUUUUGAAGCAAGGACGUUGCGUCUAGGUAAUGAGUUCUAAGCGAGUGUUGAUUACCGGAGCGUCUGGCCUCCUCGGCCGUAAACUGUUGAGCGAAUUCAGCGAGAACGGUUGGGACGCGUUGGGACUCGCAUUCACACGCGCUACAGGCAAGUUGAGAAAAGUUGACAUCCGGGACGAAAAACAAGUUGAUGAUGUCAUCACCAAAUUUCAGCCACACUUUGUGGUUCAUUCGGCCGCCGAGCGUCGGCCCGAUGUUGUAGAGAAGGACGAAGCUGCUACAGAGAUUCUUAAUGUUACGUCGACGGCAAAUAUUUCACGUCUGGUCAGAGAGCACGGUGGCUCGCUCCUACACAUCAGCACUGAUUAUGUGUUCGAUGGCACGAAACCGCCAUACAAACCAAGUGAUGAACCGAACCCGUUGAACAAAUAUGGAAAAAGCAAACUUGCGGCCGAACAAUCGGUCACACGGAACUUUCCGUCUGCGAUUAUUCUUCGAGUUCCGAUUCUGUAUGGUGACGUGGAGUCGCUCGACGAGAGCGCAGUGACCGUCCUCUUCAAGUCGGUUCGGGACGUGUCGAAGGAGGCUAAGAUGUCCGACUACGAGGUGAGGUAUCCGACCGACGUGGCCGACGUGGCGUUCGUCUGUCGUCAACUGGCGGAGAGACGCAUGAGCGAUUCGAGUAUAAAGGGCGUGUUCCACUGGAGCGGACCCGAUUGUAUGACAAAAUAUCAGAUGGCGGUUGCCAUGGCGACCACAUUUGGUAUGUCGUCUGGGCAUCUCGUACCGGACAAGGAGCCUUCGAAGAGCGCUCCGCGGCCGUACAAUAGUCACUUGGAUUCUUCUGAUUUACAAGAAAUGGGCAUCGGGAGGAAGACGCCGUUUAGGGACGGAAUCGUUCGAGUUCUAAAGGAUUUUGUGCCGAAAUGAGAUUUUGUAUUCAACAACAGUGCGAUAGUUUGUCUGCACAAUGACUCUCAUGUUUCCUUACUGAAUGCUGUUUUGUGUGUGUGUGUGUGUGUGUGUGUGUGUGUGUGUGUGUGUGUGUGUGUGUGUGUGUGUGUGUGUGUGUGUGUGUGUGUGUGUGUGUGUGUGUGUGUGUGUGUGUGUGUGUGUGUGUUUGUGUGUGUCACUGUGUGUGUGUGUGCAUGCGUGCGUGUGCAUGCAUGUGUGUGUGUGUGUGUGUGUGUGUGUGUGUGUGUGUGUGUGUGUGUGUGUGUGUGUAUAAAUGAAGCAACUGGCAGUGCUGUCUAUUUGAUAUCAACAUUGUUGACGUCACAUUGUUGAUGUUUGAUAUCAAAUGAUAUAGUGCUCAGAGUGGAAUGUAACGGUCGGUCAUCGGUCAUUGGCCGACCAACUGGGUUCAUGACUGACCACAAUUUUGCUUUGAUUGGACGUACUGUACCUACAUGAUUGUUGAAGACGUAAAAGUUAUUGCAUGGAUGGCAGGGAAUCAAAGAGCAACACAAAAGUCCAGACAACUGAUGGAAGCAGCAGGCAAGAUCUACAGUUAAUGACCAGUGUAUGACAAAUCUGUUGCCCCGGACAACCAAAAAUACGACCGGACAACUGAAAUUCCAGAUUAGGGUGCCCAAGGACAACCAGUUGACAUCUACCCUGACAUAUUCCUUUCUGAGCAAGCCUAUGCAUGCAAGAUGACAAGUGUGGUUGACACAUCAUCUUUUGAGCUUCACAGUGUGUUGAAGGGAUGGCUUCAAACGCCACCGCCAAAUUGACCGUUUCCGGUUGUCAAAGCAUUAGAUGCUCACAGCCUUUUUGCUACUGUAGUUAGCCCCCUCUCCCCCCUGCUACAACAUUUGUCCAGUGCAAUCGUCUGUUAGUGUGCCAGACGACCAUCAGCUGACAGAUAUAGCACGACUCUAAAUAGAUCGACAGUCAUAGUUGUCACAACAUGAUUGUACGUUCUAAGUAAUGAGGUCAUGCAUUUAGUUGAUGGAUGACCAGAGUAAAGCCCGGUUCAUAGUACCACGCUGACGCUGGAAUAGAAAUGAAUUCUAUUCCAGCGUCAGCUUCAGCGUCAACAUCAAAGGAUGCCGUGUGUGUCAAGGCCAGGUCUUUGAUGUUGACACUCAGCUGAGCAUCAGUGUCAAUACUAUGGACGGGGCUCUAGGACCAGGUAACUAAACACUGACUUAUGGUUGCCCAUAGACUACUUAGAGGUGGGAGGAUUUGUCAUAUAGUGAUGACCUCCAGAUGUGUGAGUACAAAAUUAUUAUUUUUAGAAUACUCAGGCAGAGUGCAAAAUAACAGUCGGACAUCCAACAUUUUCCGACCAAAUUAAACUUUUUUCCGAUUGCUUAGAUUUCAAACGGACAUCAUGUCCGACCAAAUUCAAUCUGGCAUACGCAUGCGUAAGUCAAAUCUUUCUGUGACGAGUAUGUUAAUAGUGUAGCAUUAG